AUGUUUGUGAAAGUGAGAGGAUACAUUUUACCUGAAAAGAAAGAAGAAGCCGUAAAUGAAACGGAUGAUUCUGACGAGGAAAACGAAGCAGAGCAACAACCUGAAUUUCUAGAUCUGAACGAAAUCAACAAUGUUUCUUCAGGAGGACACUCUUUCCAGCCGUCAGUAGUACCUCUGAGCAAAGCUGACUUCUAUGACUUCGAGACCAAAAAAGUCUACUGCGUGGAGGGACGCUUUGCUCUCAGGAGUCCGUGGUGGGAGGUGAACUGUCACGUAGGAUGGUCGAGGGGCAAGUGGGUCAUGAAAGGAUAUCCUUCCUACAAACUGCGAUCUGACUUAGACAGAAAAGGAUGGAUUUCUAUUCUGUCCCUGUUUCUAAACGCAUGUGAAGUAGAACCAGACUUUAUCCGCAACUUUUUCGACUGGCUGCCAAAAAAUAGAAAUGUCACCUUUUCCAAUCUGGAUGAAGUCGUUGAGGAAUUUUCAGAGGGUAAUGAAGCUGUGGCACAGGAAAUUACAUGCAGACUCUCAAGUUCAGUUGCAGGAAUGCAAGUGCGUGCAGCCAGUCUGUAUCCAGGAGUAAUGAAAUACAUCCCGACCCUGCUUCCUGGCCGGUUCACAGAGCUGUUUGGACGUGGAAAGAAAAAAAAGACUCUGCCAGCAACACAGGCUGCACCGACUGCACCGAUUGCACAGCUGGCCAAACUGGAACUUGUAAUUGCAGAUGAUGUGUGGAAACUGGGAUUUAACCAACUUGUGUUCACGGAACUGAAGCUUGUGCGCUGUGAAGCUUCGCUCAAAGCGUUCGAGGAAUGCGAGCUGCUUCAGACAAUCCCACUACUACAGCAUGAUGCCCUCUUGGUGUAUCACCAGCUAAAAACAUCUUGCCAACAAACAGGUAGCACCUACAUUGAAAAGGAUGCUCUGUGUAAACGCCUUAGAGAGAAAGAAAGAAUGUCUGAUGAGCAGGCCUGGAAUGCCAUUCACUUCCUCAGAGAACAGAAUAUUGUAGUAGUUGUCAAUAGAAAGAUAGUGCUGAUGAACUUUCACUUGUAUGAGACAGGCAUAGCUGAAUGCCUGAGCUCCUUGAUGGACCGUAGAUGGAACAUCCCUGUAAAUGCCACAGAGGUGCUGCGUACAGCUGCAGAGGAUAGGCAACAAAAGAAAAUGCAAACCUCAGACAAUGCUACAACUUCCUGUGUUGAAGACAGGCCUUCAGUUGUUGAGCCUACAAAUAUAUCCAACACAUCAUCUGAAUCCUCAGAACAGCAGGCAGAAGCAAAUCCAGACUUUUCCCCUAUUAAACUGGACCCAGACCAUGUUCGGGCUGUAGAGAUGAUUUGUGCCAACCCAGUAACAAUCAUCAGUGGAAAGGCUGGCUGUGGGAAAACCACAGUGGUCAGCAGUCUGUUCAAAGCUGCUGUGCCACAGAUCAGCUGUGAACAGCAGAAGACACAUGACGACUAUGAAGACUACGAAAAUUAUACUGGAAUGUCCUUUGAGUCAGAGGAGGAGACAGAAGAUAUAAAAAGUAAAAAAGAGAUCCUUUUGACAGCACCUACAGGGAGAGCUGCCUCACUACUGAGAAAGAAGACCGGCUUCCCUGCAUACACUCUGCAUCAGGUGCUGUUUAGUUUCAUGAAGAAACAAAAAGAUGAACAAUGGAUGUUCAAGCGUGUCCGUAUUUUCGUGGCAGAUGAGGGCAGCAUGGUCUCUGUCCAGCUCCUCCACACAGUCCUGGAAUUGCUUGUCAUACACGCCAAGCUCCGAAAAGUCAUUAUACUUGGUGAUGUCAGCCAACUUCCUAGUAUCCAGCCUGGGAACAUCCUAAACGACCUAUAUGACAGUCUAAAACCCCUCCAGUGGGUCAUUGAAAUGAGGACCAACCACCGCUCAGAGUCUCAACUCAUCAUUAAAAACGCUGGACUCGUUGCUGACAUGGGGAAGAGGCACAAGUAUGGUGAUUUGGACUUUGAUGCCAUAGUGGAUCUGGAAGGGUCUCAUAACACGUUGUCUGCUGACAAGAAGUUUAUCCUCAUUCGUCUGCCUGAGGAAGGGGCUCAUGAUGAGUUAAAGAAGACUAUCAAGUUCCUGAUUGACACUGCUCCAGGACUGGAUGACCAUUCAACUUCACAAUUCAUUGCUUUUAAAAGGUGGGAUGUGGCACUGAUCAACAAGCUUUGCUGUAAGCAUUACAACAAUCACACAACUAAAAACCACAAAAACAAACUGCAGUUUCAGCCUGGUGACAAAGUCUGUUGCACCAAGAACGGUUACAUCACUGAUACAGACGACACGAAGAGGUUGAAUCAGUCAGAUAUGGUACUCUGCACACAAAUGGAAGAAGGAAAAGAAGGAGAAGAAGGAAAAGAAGGAAAAGAAGGAGAAGGAAAAGAAGGAAAAGAAGGAGAAGAAGGAAAGGAAGGAGAAGAAGGAAAAGAAGGAGAAGGAAAAGAAGCAAAGAUGGAAAAGAUAUCAAAAGAUCGCCUCUGUAACGGAGAGAUUUUCUUCAUCAGAGAGGACAAAACAGAAGUGGAUAACCAGAGACGCAGCAAACGCUAUUUGACCCUGGAUGAUAAUGAUGGACGCCAGCUCACAGUAGAAUACAGAGAGCUGCAGAGGGAGUGCAAGCUGCAGCAUGCCUGGGCCAGGACUAUCCACACCUUCCAGGGCUCAGAGAAUGAGACCAUCGUCUAUGUGGUAGGAGAUAGCCAGGCCCAGACAUGGAAGCACAUCUAUACCGCCAUAACACGGGGGCAGAAACGUGUAUAUGUGGUCGCCAGAGAAGAUGAUAUGAAAGCAGCCAUUCAGAAGCGUGAAACCCCUCGAAACACCAGACUUGCAAGUCUGAUCAAGGAUCACCUGGUGCACCCCUGGAUGCAGCUGAACACACCACAGAGGAUUCCCUCAGGCUGUACUCCCCAAAAGUUCACCCCUCUGCACACACAAGCCCCCAACAGACCUUCAAGCUCCGUUGGCCAGGUCACACCACUGCGGCCUAAAGGGACGGAUGACAGAGUUAAGGGGGACACUACACCAUCGGGCUCAUCACCUAGGAGCAGAUUCAGUAAUCUCUCAGGGGUCGAACAACUGAACAGUACAGUAACAUCACAAGGCAACAAAAGGGUGCUCUUUGCAGAAAAUCAGGAGAUGCCAUGCAAACAGCCUCGGGUAACGGAGUAG